GACAAAGCAACAAGGAGUGGUUUCUAUGAAAAGAACCGUCCCAAAAUCAAUGGGACAUACCCGCUCACUUUGAUAAAACCGUCCCAAAGCUUUAUCCACCGUUAAAAAAGAGACUGUUCAUCUCGUCGGCGGCAGUUCCAGCUUUAUCGUCAGAGGAAUGAACUGCUCUGGAAAAUAACGUCGUCGGUGCUGCACAGAGAGAGAAAGGACUCACCGCCGCUGGAUGGUUGGUGAUUUUCUUUUAAGUUUCGCCGUCCUAACAUGUGCUGUGUCUGAAGAGGUUGACCUGCGGUUCGAAUCUGCCCUGGAAGACCAUGCUGUUCCUCCUGCUGCCCGCAAUGCUGGCCGUCCAAGCUAUGGCUGUGAUGAACGUGUACGUCCCUGAGCAGCCAGUGGUGGCGCUGCACGGCAGGGAUGCCAUGCUCAACUGCUCCUUCAGCCACGCCAACCCCUUCAACCUGUCCGAUCUGAGCGUCUUCUGGCAGCUGACAGACACCAAACGCAGUGUGCACGGGUACGGCGCGGGACACGACCAGCUGGCGGACCAGGCUGAGCGCUUCGUCAACCGUACCAGCCUGUUCCCCACCCAGCUGGGCCUGGGCAAUGCUUCACUCCUGCUGAGCAGGGUGGUAGUGGCUGACGAAGGCAGCUAUACCUGCUUUGUCAGAGUGCAGGACUACGGCAGUGCUGCUUUGUAUUUGCAGGUGGCCGCCCCCUACUCCAAGCCUGUAGUGACUCUGGAGCCUGAAUCCAACCUGCGGCCAGGUGAUGAGGUGGCUUUGACUUGUGUGGCCUAUGGGGGCUAUCCAGAGGCUGGCGUGAUAUGGCAGGAUGGGGGCGGGCGCAACCUGACGGACAAUAUCACUACUUCAGUGGUAGCCAACGAGGAAGGGCUGUUUACUAUGACAAGCGUGUUGACAGUGGUGCUGGAGCCCAAUAGUACCUACAGCUGCCAACUGAUCAACCCACUACUGGGCGAUGAGGGCUACGCCUUUGUCACAAUCACAGGUCAGAACAUUGCGUUCCCCCCGGUGGCUCUGUGGGUAACUGUUGGCCUGGCCGUGUGUCUGCUGGUGCUGCUCAUUGCCCUGGCUGCUGUCUGCCGUAGGAAGAUCAAGGAGAGCUGCGAGGAGGCCAGGAGAGAAGCUGAAGAAGCCAAGGAGCUGGAAGAAGAGGAGUCAAAGACAGCCAUGACACCACUGAAAAGCUAAGGCCGAGAGAAUAAAGGAGUCGGGGCCAGGCGGCGGGUAGGAGAUGAGUCUGGCGGGUAAUCCCACUCCACCUAUCCAUCAACCUGGAGACUAUUUCCAGCGUCCCCUACAGAAUGUCAAAGCCUCGCUGAGCAGAAGAUGAGUCCAUCAUCUUCUUUCUAAGACUUUCCCUUGAGUUUCAACCAAAACACAUAAACACAUCAUGUGUCAUUAUUUUUGUAUUGCCCUCCCUCCCUUUCUGUCAAUGGAGGGCCACGGCGGUGAGUGAAUGCAGUUGAGUGGGUUGUAUUCUGUGCAGUAUGCAAAAGAGAAGCUCUGUUUGAAAACUACAGGAUGUGACAGGAUCCUUUCUUUGUCCCUGACAUCACUCUGUAUGGGUUGUGAUGGGGCAUGUGCCAGAGAUCUCCUGUCUAAUAGGAAGUGAGACACUUAAAGAGAUGACCCUGCCUUAGUUGCCAUCGCUGUCUCUCUGCCAGAGAGAGAGCUUGGCUUUCCCAUUACUCCUGCACUUGCUAAUUAGCGUCUGUCGCUGGAGUAACUUGUACCUGUCAGUGUGUCGCUCUCCUAUAUUCAGUAACUUGAGGGAAUUGAAAUUGAAUGCCAGCUAAGCUCCAACAAGCUGCAAAUGGUGCAUGGGAUACACCCUGAUUUUCUCACUGACCUGACAGCCUUAUAUGUAAGAAAUUGUUUUUAAUGAACACAGACUAUCUCAGCUUGUUUCCACUGCUGGCGUGGAAUGUUUUAUCUCCUCAGCAACCAGGCUAGGGGCUGUACAGGUUGUUUUAUUGCAAUUUUUAGGUACUUGAGCAAGUGCCUUUGCCAUAAGUCCAUGUAUGAAUGCCAAAACAUUUUGUGUCAGAUAAUCCAGUGCCUAUUUACAUUAAAGAGACAUGGUGAAACUGC